AUGAAGUGCCUGUGUGCGGUUGUGUUGAGCUUACUUUUAGGCAGCUCUUGCGCUGCAGAGUACAAGUUUCCGGAAUGGUUCAAGUUUGGAGCAGCUUCUGCCGCAUACCAAGUGGAAGGAGCUUGGAAUGUCAGUGAUAAAAGCAUAAGCAUUUGGGACCAACUGUUACACAGUCAGCCAGGGCUGGUGAUGGAUGGCACUAACGGCGAUGUAGCAUGUGACUCGUACCACCUGUGGCGACGUGACAUCGAAAUGGCUGAGGAAUUAGGACUGAACAUGUAUAGAUUCUCAAUAUCCUGGCCUCGUUUGCUACCAUCUGGUUUCCCAAAUAUAAUCAGCGAAGAUGGCAAGAGGUACUACAACAACUUGAUCGAUGGUCUACUGGAGAAAGGCAUCGAGCCCGUUGUAACUUUAUACCACUUCGAUCUACCCCAGUCUAUACAGGAUCUAGGUGGUUGGGCGAAUCCCCUAAUUGCCGACUGGUUUGCAGACUACGCAGAUGUAGUAUUCUCCCUUUACGCCGACCGCGUCAAGAUCUGGGUGACCCUCAAUGAACCAAUCAGCAUUUGCGAUGGAGGUUACCAUAAUAUGGAGGCUCCAUAUAUUGAAGACUUGAUGGUUGGAAGAUACCUCUGUAACAAGAACAUUCUUGUAGCCCAUGCAAAGGCUUACCGAGUCUACGAUGAAAUGUAUAAACCAAAAUUUUAUGGAAAGGUGUCAAUGGCAACUCUGUUCUUUUGGUUUGAACCUGAGACUCCUGAAGAUAUAGAAUUGACAGAUUUGGCUAUUGAAUAUUGGGAAGGUCGUUAUGCUCACGCUGUCUUUUCCGAAGAAGGCGGUUGGCCGAAGAAUAUUGAGUUACUAUUACUAAAGAAUGGAUUAGAUGAAAACUACCCACAUCCUAGGCUUCCUCCAUUUACUACUGAAGAAAUUGAACUCGUUAAGGGCACCUACGACUACUACGGCCUGAAUCAUUAUACUACACGGUUGGUACAUAAAGUGAAACCAGGAGAACAACAAGGUACAUGGCCUUACUACGGAGCUGAGGAGCUCAAGAUCAACAUGGUCAGCGAUCCUUCGUGGAAGUCAUCCGUUUUGGAUUGGUUCCCGAUAUAUCCUGAAGGUCUUCGGAAGCAGCUGCACUGGCUCACCGCGAAGUAUGACGUCAAGGAGAUCAUCAUCAUGGAGAACGGUUUAAUGUCUUUUGAUUCUACCCUUAAUGACACUGCAAGGUUGGAAUACGUCAGGGAUAAUUUGGAACAGGUUGCAUUGGCGAUAAAUGAUGGAAUCCCUGUUACUGGGUACACAGCGUGGACGAUGAUGGAUAACUUUGAGUGGCUUAGUGGAUACAGUGUGAAAUACGGGCUGUAUGCCGUUGACUUCAACCAUCCCAAUCGAACCCGCACUCAACGAAACUCAGCGCGCUUCUAUGCAAACGUGACGAAGACCCGGACACUGGUCACUUCUUAG